UCCCCGCAAAAAUGACGCUCAUCAUGUCGUGGCUCUUCAUCCUGGCGCUGAUCGUGCCAGAUCUAUCGUCCAGUCUCCUGCACUGUCCCCACCGAUGUCACUGCGACGACGAAAAGCUGGACGUCAACUGCGAGGAAGGCCACCUGGACGUGGUCCCAAUCGCGCUGAACCCUUCCAUCCAACGGUUGGUGAUCCGGAACAACAAAAUCCGCAUCAUCGACUCGUCGAUGCAGUUCUAUUCGGAACUAACGCUGCUGGAUUUGAGCUAUAACUAUCUGUUCAACAUUCCGGAUAGGACAUUCGCGCGGCAGAAUAAGCUUCAACAGCUGCACUUGAACCACAAUAAGAUCAGCGUGGUGUCGAAUAGGACAUUUGUGGGAUUGGGCGAUCUGUUGGUGCUGAAUUUGAGGGGGAACCUGAUCGAUCAAAUCGAACCGAUGACCUUCACUCCGCUGGUGAAUCUGGAAGAGCUGAAUUUAGGACAAAACAGGAUUAGCACCGUUGGACUGUCAGCAAAAGCGCUUCUGGGAUUGAUGGAUUUGAAAAUUUUAUACCUUGAUGACAAUCGGUUGGAAGUGAUACCUUCGGAAGAAACUUUUGAACCGGUGAAUAAGUUGGCGGAACUGUACAUUGGUACGAACUCGUUGAAGGCACUGCGAGAUGGAGCAUUUCAAGUGCUUUCAGAAUUGACACUACUGGAUGUGAGAAGUUCUCUGUUGAGCAAUGUUAGUGCCGAGACGUUUGCAGGAAUUGAAAAUCUUAAAAGUCUUAAUCUUGCGGAUAAUCGAUUCGAAAGGAUUCCAUCGAAAGCGUUGAUGGUGUUGAAGCGGUUGGAGGAGUUAUCGAUUGGACAGAACUACUUCGAGACUGUGUCGGCAAACUCAUUUAGAGGAUUAUCAAACUUGAAACGAUUUGAGCUGCGAGGCUCAUUGUACUUGAGGAAAAUCGAGAAAGCAGCAUUUCAUACUAACACAAACCUAGAAAGCAUUGCAAUCGAAUCGAAUAAGGCGCUGCACGACCUGGAGGAGGCAACCUUUGCCGGAUUACUAUUUCUGAAGCAUUUGAGCUUGCGGAAUAACGGCUUCGAGCGGUUGGAUGAGAACAUGUUUUCCUGGAACAGUUUGCGUACGCUGGACAUUUCGGAUAAUCCGAUAAAUUGUGAUUGCUACUAUUCUAAGUUGUUGCACCGGUUGCAAACGUCCAGCAGGAUUAGCUACAACGCAACCGGCUGCCCGCACCAUCUGCCCGACCAGUGGGAGUGCGAGUACAUUUUGGACAAGAACAAGAAUCUGAUAUCGGUGCUGGUGCUGGCGGUGGCCAUCGUAACAGCAAUAGCCCUCACCUUCUACCGCUUCCGGGGUCUCCUUCGAGAGUACGUGCACAACGGGUGCAAGAACAAAACUCACGGUGGAACGAGCGGCAGUGGGGUCGGUACCAUUCCUAGAACCAAUAUCAACAGCGUGGACUACGAGAAGGCCAUCACCGAGGAUGAUUACGUGAUCCGGCAGAGCAAUUUGUACAGCAACCAGGUACAACCGAUUCUCAAUGGCUACCCGGCGUACAUGCAGCAGGAUAAUGUCUACUACAACAAGCCGCUCCCGAUUACCGAGUUAUAGUAUUGAAAGCUAGUCGAGUGUGAUGUCAGUUUGUAAAUUAAUUUGCGCUAAUCCCUUUCGCUUUCGGGCUCUCUCUGUCGGAAAUCGGCCUCCCCUCUAGACUGCACCGUAGAUGGGUGAGCCUUUGAGGCGAAGUUUUCCUGCAAUCGAUAUGUCGGAGCUAGUCUAAACAGUAUUACAAACCAUUUGCAAAUACACAGUCAUGGCAAAACGAUCCACAUGCCAGCCAUGUCGCA